AGUGAUAAUGCAACCUAUACUUAUACGAUCACUAAUCGAGUUACCCCGGAUGGGGAGAAUAAAAAUCAAAAAUAUGUAAUCUCUGGUAUUGUUAAGGAUCUUACUAAUCGAACAGAAACUGACCACGAAUCACAAAUAAUGGGUCAUCUACGUGAAGUUGGUUACUUCCACGAUUCAAGAAGACCAGCUAAUGAUGAAAUGCGUAUAGUAAAAUAUAACAAUGCCCUUUAUAUUGACCCUAGUAAAAGUGAACGAGUCCGAAAAUUAUUUCAAUACGCAGAAAUAGUGGUUACUAUCAUUGAUGAGAAUUCAAAAGCAAUUAUUCAAAAAUUUGUUAAGAGUCCAAGAUCAAUGAUUAUAUUUCCAGAAGGAAAUAAUGCUACUAAUAUUCAGGAAAAGCAUCAACGAAAAAAUAACACAUGUUUUGUUAAAAGAUCUGAAACUACCAGGGCAUUGGGUACAAUUGUACAAAGUAUUAAAAAUUUUCCACAAGUGGCAAACAUAGUUAAUAAAUCACCAGAUGAAUUGAAUACUAUGUUAUCAUUAUCUACUUUAUCUGAUCAAGUUAGAAUGGUAAAUCAGAACUUAACUAAGGAUUUUGGCAAUAGCAUGGUUAAGGGUAGUAUCGUUGAGCAACUUGAACUCAAACUUAAUGAAAUUACCAAGCUUCUAGGAAAUUUAGAUAUAG